CUCACAGUGAUGGUGGAAAAACUCAAAAAGCUUACUAGCAGGUCAACUUGUAUCAAGAAAACCAUUGUUUAAUGAUACAGAUGCAUGCUAAAUUUUCAGGGCGAAGCUCAGUUAAACUUGUUGAAGAAGGAAAUAGAAGACUACACAUCCAGAUGUGCGGUGGAAGCGAAAAGAAUGCUGGAAGAUGUUCAGAGGGAGGAACAUAACUUGGAUUUGGUGGAAAAAGAAGCUGAAGAAUUUUUUAAGACCUCCAAACUAAAGUUGCAUGAUGUUAUCAAACAAUGUGAUGAGGAAACCCAGAUGUGUGCUCGGGAACUGCUUAUGCUGAUUGAUACAGUCUCAAAGCACAAAGAAUACAUGGAGUCAACAAUAUCCCAGAUGAAGAAUGAAUUCUUAGAAACUACUGGAGCUGUUGCAGAUGCUCAUAAGGCCUCCUUGAAAUUACAGUUUGGUAGUAUUUUCAACUAAUCUUUUUUCUUUUUUUUGUGAAGACAGUAUUUUUAAUUUAUCAGUACUUAUAGAUGCAUUCUCAAUGCAUGGAGGUAAGCUGUUUUUUUUUUUUUUUUAUCAAAAAGCAUGGUGGUAUGUGAAUGUGAAGGCUCAAAAUUGAAGAGUCAUCUUUUCGUCUCUUAUAAACGGCUGUAACUGUCAAAAUUACUUGUCCUACUUUUUCUGAAGUAAUCCAUGGAGUAGUAAAGAAUUUGCACAAAUCUA